AUGAAAGUAUUGGAUGCCAAAUGGUGGAUGCUGCUAAUGUGGCAGCUGCUGUGGCUGCAACAGUUGAAUGCAAGCGAAGAGGCUGAGCAGGAGCUGAGAAUGCAGCUGCUGCCGCUGCGUUUGGGCAUGCAGUGCAAGGAUCGGGAUUAUGAUUAUGUGAGUGAGCUGCAUGGCAAAUACUGGGUGCUGCAGAAUUUUCUGCACGCCGAGCAUGAGCCGCUGCGCUGUAGCUUGAGUGUGACCUAUGCAACGCAUGCGGAGUACAGCUACUUGGACAAUUUGGAGCCGCUGGUGCAGCGCUGGCAGGCGCCGAUUAGCUUGGCUAUAUAUGCGCCUGGCGAGGAUCUGCUGCCUGCUGCGCAUACACCGCAGAUGCGCUCCGAGCUGCAGCUGCGUACACCGCCCACUCAAGUGAACUGCAGUGCAGCGCCAACAUUUGGACAAACUGCAACGCUUUAUCGCAAGCGCGUUAAGUUGGGCUAUCCAAUGAACACGGGUCGCAAUAUAGCCAAAGCUGCAGCUAUAACACAUUGCGUGUCUCGAUAUGUGAUCAUAGUCCCUUCGCUCUGUUGCCCGCUGCUUCAUACAUCAUCCAUCUGCAAACUGCAGCUGCUGCAGCCGGCGCGUCCCAUUGUCUAUCCGCUGCAUACGUUCGAGGUGGCGGCCAAUGCCAGCGUGCCCUCAACCAAAGCGCAACUGCAACAGCAGCUGGCCAACAACUCGGCUGUCAUCUUUCAUAAGCACAUCUGUCUGCAUUGCCAUGCCAUACCGCGUCAGCAGGAGUGGAUCAAUGCCAGCAGCCAGUCCACGCUUAUUGAAGUCUUCAAUGCCGCCAAUCGCACCUACGAGUACAAUCGCUGGGAGCCCACCUACAUUGGCACCGUCAACGAUCCGCCCUACGACGAGCACUACAAGUGGGAGAACAUGUACGACAAGCUGCUCCAGGUGUAUACGCUGUACCCUCCAUUAAGCUAUGCCCACGACAAGCAGCGCGUUCAGGCCAGCAAGCUCGCCUACUCAAAGAUUCGACGCGAGCUCAAAUAUCAGCGCAUCAGUUGGUAUGGUGCGCGUCUUGGCUGCGCCAUCUAA